CUCUCUCUCAUCCACACACACACAUUAAUGGUCAUGAAGAUGAGAAUGCCCUGUGCUGCAUUGUGUGUUGUGCUUGUUUUGUUCCUUGGGGGAGCUCAGGUGUCCAUGGCUGCAGUCACUUGCAACCCAAUUCAGCUGAGCCCAUGUGCAAGUGCAAUCACAUCCUCCACCACACCCACACCUAUAUGCUGCAGUAAGCUAAAGGAACAGAAGCCCUGUCUUUGCAAGUACUUGAAGGACCCAAACCUUCAAAAAUUUAUCAACUCCCCAAAUGCCAGGAAGGUGGCUACCACUUGUGGCACUCCAUUCCCUAACUAUAAUAUUGGAAUCAGUGUGGUAAUGGGUUUUUCCUAG